AUGCCAAUAACCCCCAAACCAAUGAGGAUCGGAACAAUGACUCCACAAUCAAUGAGUUCAAGACCGGGGAGUCUACAGACAAGAAGCCCUUCUUUACGAUCUGAAGCACGCUCUUCAGAGCACUAUCAGAAGGGCAGAGGAUUUUCAGAAGACAGAAGAGCCACUACAGGCAGGUUGAAUUCCCCCGAGAGACACCCCACGGUUAUGCAGAGAACAGGGGCAGUUGUGAUAGAUACAGGCACAGGAUGCUGUAAAGCAGGGUUUGCUGGGCAGCAGAACCCCAAAUCUGUCCUUGGUUCGUGGGUGGGCCGCCCAACACAGCGGUCAUUCAAGUUGCGGGGCGCCAGACCAGACACUUUUGUAGGAGAGAGAGCCCGAACGCAGCCAGAUGUUGAAGUUAUUGAGCCCGUGAGAAAUGGCAUCAUCAUAGACUGGGAGGCAGCAGAAGUCCUUUGGCGACACAUGUUCUAUCAUGAUCUGCAGGUCCGCCCAGAAGACCAUGCCCUCUGGAUGUCAGCCCCACCACUCAGCCCUACUACCAACAGAGAGAAGAUGGUCGAGGUGGUGUUUGAGUCUCUGAACUCUCCAGGCAUGUACAUUGCUUACCACUCCGUCUUGUCAGUUUAUGCUCAUGGUAAGAUAAGUGGCUUGGUGGUAGAUAGUGGCUAUGCAGUGACCCACACUGUUCCAGUCCAUCAGGGCUACAACUUACCGCAUGCCAUUGAGAGAAUGGAUAUUGCUGGAUCUCACAUGACUUCCUUCCUGAUGAAGCUUCUCAAUGACUCGGGGCACGUGUUUACCGAGAGGAUGACGCACAUUGUGGAAGACAUCAAGCAUAAGUGCUGCUAUGUCGCUGCGAACUUUGAGAGAGAAUGUCAUCUCCCCAGGAAGGACUACGUGGUAGACUUCCAGCUACCAGAUGGCCACGUCAUCAGCCUGGGGAAAGAGCGAUUCCAAUGCCCAGAAAUGCUAUUCACCCCUCCUAAGUUGCCUGGGAUUUCUUUUGUGGGUGUCCAUAACAUGGCCCAGAGAAGCUUGAGUAAGGUCCCAGAAGAGGCCAGGGGAGACAUGUACCAGAACAUCUUUCUCUGUGGAGGGUCAUCUCUCUUUAAUGGGCUGGAAAAGAGGUUUACCAGCGAGCUCCUUCGGCAUUUGCCAUCUAGUGCCAAGGUUAGAGUCUCUGCUGUGCCCCUGAGGAAGUUUUCGGUCUGGACCGGAGGCUCCAUCCUGGCUUCCCUGAAGAACUUCCAGGCCUGCUGGAUUCAAAAGGAGCAGUACAAUGACAUUGGGCCGUACGUUGUCCAUCGGAAGUGUUACUGA